AUGCCGAACCAAAUUCGCGACAUUGCCUCUAUUGAUCAGGACACUUAUUCCUAUAUUUUCGAGCAAAACAUUACAGUGAAGCUUCGUAGUAAUACUGGACUUGUGCGUUUGAAUGUUUACCGACCCAAAGACGUUGGUAGGGUUCCAGUCAUCAUGACAUACGGGCCCUAUGGGAAAGACACCCCCUACGAGGAUUUUCUCGCACAUUCAUUCCACGACGUCAAUCCCAAGCAUAAGACUAUUCCAGAGCACUCAGCAUUCGAGACGCCGGACCCACAGUUUUGGACCAACGAAGGUUAUGCCGUCGUGCGCGCUGAUGAAGUUGGCAUUGGGCAAUCCCCUGGUGUGGCCGAUACAAUGUCAAAGUCCACCACCGAUGCCUUUUUCGAAGUGAUUGAAUGGGCCGCGGAUCAGCCAUGGUCUAAUGGCAAAGUCGGUCUUCUAGGCAUCAGCUACUUUGGUGGCAGCCAGUGGCGUGUCGCUGCACGACGUCCUCGGGGGCUUGCGUGUAUCAUUCCUUACGAAGGCAUGGCCGACUAUUAUCGCGACCGUUGUCGUCAUGGUGGUAUCCUGACUGCGCCGUUCCUCAAGUUCUGGUUCAACAGACAAGUCAAGUCCAACCAAUAUGGACUUCCAAACAGGUCCAAAAACCAGCGCGGCCCUGACACUAUUGAGGGUGAUCUGCCCGAAGAGGAGCUUGAGAACAACCGCCGGGAUCAGCUGAUCGACAACUCACAUAACUUCUUCCGCGACGAUGAAUACUAUGCUUCUCGCGACUACAACCUGGAGGAUAUUGAGGUCCCCUUACUCUCUGUUGGAAAUCUUGGCAACAUUGUCGUUCAUCUUCGUGGCAAUGUCGAGGGCUUCGUUCAAGCGGGCUCUCAGUACAAGUUCCUGCGCCUUGGCUCUGGCAGACAUGACCUGCCCUUCUACAACGAUGCCGAUGUUGAACUACAAAAGAGUUUCCUCAGCGCGUUCUGCAAGGACAAUGACUACGCAGGCUGGACUCAGGGCAAGAAGCCAGCAGUCGAGCUUGCGAUCCGUAAAACACCUUUCAAGCAUGACACUAUCGACGCAGCCUCCGGUCGCGCGUUCCAAUUCCGAUCCGAGGGCGAGUGGCCUUUGGCAAGGACCACUUACAAGAGGUACUUUCUGACACCUGAUCUCGAGUUCACGCCAGAUCAGCCUGUUACAGCGUUUCACAGGCGUCUAUCCUAUCCAGCUUUGACUGUACCUGACGACAACAUAUAUGUCCGUUUCAUGACUUCUGUCUACGAAUCAGACGUGGAAAUCACCGGCCACAUCGUUGCUCACCUCAAUGUGUCUGUCACGCCUGAACUGACUGGAGGCACGCCUAAGGAUAUUGAUAUCUUUGUCACCCUGCGUCACUGGGCUGCAGACGGUUCUGAAGUGUUCUACACAGGGUCCAUCGGUGACCCGGUACCCGUGAGCAAAGGCUGGCAACGUGUGAGCUUACGUAAGGUCAACAAAGAGCACCCAAACCAUCGGGAUUACAGACCAUGGCGUGACUACUUCUCUACGGACGUUCAACCCGUGAUUCCUGGCGAGAUAUACGGGCUAGAUGUUGAGAUCUGGCCCACUCAGAUCGUCUUGCAAAAGGGGGAGAGAUUAUCCUUUGAGGUCAGUGGAGGUGAUACCCAGGGUGUUGGGAUCUUUAGCCAUGAGUCAGCGGAGAGAUCACCCGAACGCUUCGGAGGCAUCAAUCACCUCCACUUCGGGCCGAAAUACAGCAACUAUGUCGUGCUUCCUAUCAUACCGUCCGAGAUAUCACCAUAG